UGUGGGUUAAUAGAUUUAAUUACCGAAUAAUUAAGAAAAUAAUCACAAUAAAGACAGAGAGGUUAAAUAAGGCAAAGCAAACGGUCAGAGAGAGAGAAGAAUCGUGUGCCUCUUUCGAAAACUCUAGUGCCCUUCUUCGGACAAUCCAUCUUCUUCUUCCUUAUUGUCUCUUUCACAGCUUUCAAUUAAGAAAAAACAAGAGACCUUCGAUCCUUUCCCUUUUUUUUAAUUAAAAAAAAACUCAUCUCCUGUACUAUUUUUUUUUCUUUUUAAUUCUCUCUCUGGUUUGGUCACUUCACAUGGUCUUUAAAAUGUGUCUGUGUGUGUAAGACUUCUUCUUCUUCUUCUUAGGGAUGUGUAUUGAAGAAACCAAGUGAAAAGGAACAAACCCACCCAUUGUAGGUUGCUUGGUUGGAAGCAAAACUGGCAGUUGGGGGAAUUCCACUUUUGAGAGAUAAAGAAGAAAAAAAAAGAGCAUUUGUUCUUUCUUUGAGAUGGGUUUUAUUGUUUGAAGAAAACUCAGAAUAAUGGAUUACUUGUCUCAAGAGGAAGACUUGCACUUCUUUGAUGCCAACGAGGAAGAGAUGAUGAUGAAUCCAACUGCUUUUGGUUUCCAUGUUUGGAAUGAUUCACCUGGAAGCGUUGUGGAGCGGAGGAGGAAGUUCUUGGAGUGGAUGGGAGUCGAAGGAGAUCUGAAGAGAGAGAUUUGCGUUGAAGCUGAGCAAGGAGGGUUCAGCAGUUUUUCUAGCCAGGUGUCUUCCUCUGGUUCUGGUUCAAGCCUGGUGGAAGUUUCAGAGGAGUUGUCUCUGAGAGUUGAUAAAAAUGUGGGCGGUUGUGGUGAUGUGACGAGAAGGGAAAGCUCUUCAGUGACAGCAAGUUCUGAUUCCAGUUGUUGUCAGGUGAAGGAAACAGAGAAGCAGACCCAAAACGUCUCUCGGCUCGCUAGCUUCAAGAAAGGUUGGUUAACGAGGCUGCUCUCUAUGGGAUGUUCCGCGGAUACAAAGGUCGGUGAUGGAAUAAGAGCUUCUUCUUCUGGCUAUGGUGAUGUACUUUCGAGAGUUAAAGUCAAGCAUUGUAAGAAACAAGCCAAGGAGCUCUCAGGUCUUUACCAGAGUCAAGAUAUUAAAGCUCACAACGGUUCAAUCUUGGCGAUGAAGUUUAGCUGCGAUGGGAAGUACCUUGCGAGCUCAGGUGAAGAUGGGGUUGUGCGCGUGUGGAAAGUCGUUGAGGAUAAGAGAUCUAGACUGCGAAAGGAUUGCCUUAACGAGAUAAACCCUUCUUGUAUGUACUUCGAGGUGAACGAUCUUUCCCAGUUGAAACCGGUUUUGUUGGAUGAGAAGGACAAACCAAACAAGACGACAGAGAGUUUCAAGAGAACAUCUGAUUCAGCCUGCAUUGUCUUUCCUCCUAAAGCUUUCCGGUUAGUGGAGAAACCUUUAUAUGAGUUCCGUGGACACACUGGGGAAGUCUUGGACAUCUCAUGGUCAAAAGAUAAUUGUCUUCUCUCGGCGUCAAUGGAUAAAACUGUCCGUUUAUGGAAACUCGGUAGCAAUGCUUGCCGUGGAGUUUUCCCUCACAAUGGUUAUGUAACGUCUGUUCAGUUCAACCCUGUAAAUGAGAACUACUUCAUGAGUGGUUCAAUUGAUGGGAAAGUUCGAAUUUGGAACAUUUCUGAUUGCAGCGUUGUUGAUUGGGCUGAUCUCAAAGACAUUAUAUCCGCAGUGUGUUACCGUCCGGAUGGACAGGGAGGAAUCAUCGGUUCUCUGACCGGAAGUUGCAGAUUCUUUAACAUGUCUGGAGACUACUUGGAGCUGGACUCUCAGAUACAUUUGCAUCACAAAAAGAAGUCUUCAAACAAACGAAUAACUGGUUUUCAGUUCUUACCACAAGACCAGAGCAAAGUUCUUGUUGUUUCUGCGGAUUCCAAAGUCAGAAUCCUCCAAGGCAACGAUGUUGUCAGAAAAUACAAAGGCGUUUGCAAGACGAGAAGCCUCACAUCAGCGUCUCAAACGUCUGAUGGAAAGCACAUUGUUUCAGCUUGUGAGGACUCCAAUGUAUAUAUAUGGAGCAAUGGAGAGGAAAUAGAAGAUUCUUCUUCAUCUUCCCAAACCAAGAAGAUUAAAUCUUUUGAACGUUUCUCCACCAAUGCAUCCGUAGCAGCAACCUGGUGUGGAUUCUCAGAUCAUCACAACACCACAGCUCUCCCGUUUGCUUCACCUCCUUGCUUAUCCCUCAACGAAGGAUACGUCCCUGGAUCAGUUCCCAAAGGAAGCGCUACGUGGCCUGAGGAAAACUUGCCUGCAAAUCCUCUUUCUUCAAUGACUGCAUCUCACUACAAGUUUCUCAAAUCAUCAUACCAGAGAUCAACUAGCUCUCUGGCUUGGGGUAUGGUCAUUGUAACAGGUGGUUGGGACGGAAGGAUCAGAACGUUUCAGAACUACGGCUUGCCUGUGACUGUAACUUGAAGAAUACUGGUUUGUGUUUUUUCCGAACUUUGGAAAAACAAAAUCAGAUGCCAUUGUUCCUUUCUUGCUAGGCACAAGCACAUGGUUAUGGCAGGGUCAUGUGAAAAGCUAUGGUGGGGUCCAAAAACACAAAACCAGAUCUAUCCUCUGAUUUGUGCUAUUGUUCAAUAGUCAAAAGGAGACUCAAAACACUACUGAAAGAUUGUUGAUGUAGAGAAAUCUAUCAAGAAGGGUCAGUGAGAGAUUUGAUGUAGACGGAGGGGAUGAUAAGGAACAGAUGUUUCUUUCUUUGGCAGUAAGUGGCGGUUGGAAAAGGGGUCUUAAUCAGAGUACGGAUUUAUCUGACAAAUCUUGACAGGCGGAGUGUGGGGUCCAAUAGAAGAAGAGGCAAGAGAUCAUGGAAAGGAGUGGUUGAAGGGGAAAGACGUUGAUGUUACUUCCAGAGAAAAGAUCCUCCACGGAAGAUCUCUCCUAUGAUAUGAGUAAAAGGAAGAAACAAAAGUCUUUAACGGUAGUGAAAGGUUUUGUUUGUGUAAUUUGAUUCUAACGUCUAGGUGAGUUUUUCAGCUUAUUUAGUAUAUUUGAAUAUUUGGAUUUAUGUCUGAUUAGAGGAAAAUCGAUUCAUUGUUAGCUACCUCUACCUCAGAGAGGCUCCGAAAAUUUGUAUGUGUAAAUAUGAUCUAUUAGUACAAAAAAAACUUUUCUUACUGGUCUCAA